CUUUUUAUUUUUAUUUUAGCAUUGUGCCAACAGCAUUUUUCUUCACAACAUUAAUCUUCGUGUGUUUCACGCUGAGUGCUUUGUGGGCUGAAGAACGCAGCUAUCUUUACUUGGGAGGUUAGAAGCUAGCAUGAUCUUUUUCAUAUUCAGAGAUCUAUAUCAUGUCCAGAAAUAUUUUCAUAAGCAGAAGAAUAAUUAGUACAGUGUUAAACAUUGUUUAUUUAUUGUGUAUCUCUUUCAGGUUUGCUUGGAUCUGGAGUAACCAUCUUGUUGGUCAGCUCUCUUGUCAACCUUUUCAUGCGUUCUUAUUUCCUCUACCAGGUGAUGACUCUUUCAUAUCAUUUCUCAUUAUCAGCAUACCAGUAGUGGCAUUUUUCUGCCUACCAAACGUACCCAACCUUAAAUAGGCCACCUAAUCACCUAUAUACCUACUUAUCUUACCUACCUACCAAACUCAACUAACAUUAACCUACCUCUGAGUGUGCAACCACAUCGGGCAAGCUGAAGUGUGCUUGGCCACCGUGGCCAAGCAAACUGUUCAGCUUGCCCAGUGUGGAUGUACACUCAGAGUAACAUCACAAACAUCAUAUUCACCUGAGUACAUAACACCAACACACACAAAUAUGAACUUACCUAUCUGUACUAAUCUACCUAGUGUGUUACUAAUAGGUACACCUGUAUCUUGGUCUGGUCAUAUUCAGUGCAUUCAUUCUGUAUGACACGCAGCUGAUUGUGGAGAAAUUCCGUCGUGGCGACAAAGAUUAUGUUUGGUAAGUUUACCGUUGUACCGCAUACCAUAUUGCGACAGACUGUGGCUAGAAAGUACACCGGAUUUGGGCAUGUACUUGGAAAUAUAUCCCAUCUCUCAUUCAUGAUUUUUUCUUGUAUUUUUGCAGGCAAUGUGUUGAUUUGUUUAUUGACUUCAUCGCGGUCUUCAGACGAAUCAUGAUCAUUCUCGCACAAAACAAGGUAAGAUUUCUUUUGUAACUUUAUCUUUGAUGGAUAUUGUAUAUUCUCCUAUGUCAUGUUUAAUCAAGCUAAAAUACGUUAACAUUGGCGGUAAAAUGUAUAUAUGAUUUUCAAACACAUACCAGAACCUGGUCUGCCUGUAAUUCAAGUACUUAGUGGACCGAUGUAUUGGCUAUGAAAAAUUAACCCAAAAUGGAACAAUUUUAUUUCUUAGGAAAACAAGAGAAAGAAAUAAAUUCCUAAUCAGGAAUAUUGCUCUUCACUCUUCAGUUCUUAUAUCAAGGCUGCUCAACCAUUGUUUAAGUGUGUGUUGUUGUAUUUAGUAAACAGUUGUUUAUCACUCUAAUGAUGAAAGUUGGCUUUUAAUUAAUAUUCUAUGUAAUGCUAUUUGUAAAAAUAUAUGAAUUUGAAACUGUAUGUAUCGUUCAAUAAAAACAAUGUCAAAG